GAGAGCAGCAAGAAAUAAAAAGAAACACACACACAAACAGCUGCUUCAUCUCAGAAACUUCGCAAUCAUGAAAGUGACUGCUCUGGUCUGCGUUUCCCUUCUUCUUCUUUGCCUGUCUGCUGUGAUAUCAGCAGAUGGAAUUUCACCUAUCAGUAAGGAUGAGUGUGAAAAGUAUGCAACUUUAAGAUGCACCCGUGAAUACAACCCAGUGUGUGGUGAUGAUGGCAAGACAUACUCAACUGAGUGUAUUCUCUGUAUGGAAAAUAAAAACCGAAACCAGCAAGUGAAGGUGAUGCACAAGGGAAAGUGUUAAAUUCCUCAAGCUCACCACAUAGAGGAAUUCCUCUGCCCUGCAAUAUGGAGACCUGUUCACUAUUUACCAAUCGUAAUAGCUCAACAUUUCUGCAAGAAUCCCCGUCAUAAUCUGUGUAAUUUGGCUAAACUUUAAGUUCCGUUCAUGAACAAUUAAAAGAUUUAAGCAUGA